CUGGGCUGUUUUUGUUGACAGGUGUUUUAUUCAGCUGACAGAGGAACCACACAAUGCAGUGGGCUUUAGUUCUGUGUGCAGCGGUGGCUCUGGCUCAGUCCCUGGUCCAGGUCCCUCUGCAGAAGGGGAAGACCGCCAGGGAGCUGCUGGAGGAGCAGGGUCUGUGGGAGGAGUACCGCCUGAAGUACCCAUACAACCCCAUGGCCAAGUUCAACCCACGCUUCGCUGUGGGGACCGAACACAUGACCAACGACGCUGACUUGGCUUACUAUGGCGUCAUCUCCGUUGGAACUCCUCCUCAGUCCUUUAAGGUGAUCUUUGACACCGGCUCUUCUAACCUGUGGAUUCCCUCCAUCUACUGCAGCAGUCCAGCCUGUCAGAACCACGACAGGUUCAACCCGGGCCUGAGCAGCACCUACAGACACAACGGUCAGCCCCUGAGUAUCCAGUACGGCACCGGCAGCAUGACCGGCUUCCUGGGAUACGACACCGUCACCGUGGGGGGCCUGGCUGUGAAGAACCAGGUCUUUGGUCUGAGUGAGACUGAAGCUCCGUUCAUGCAGUACAUUCAUCCUGAUGGGAUCCUGGGUCUGGCCUACCCUCGUCUGUCUGCCUCCAGGGCCACGCCGGUGUUUGACAACAUGAUGAAGCAGAGUCUGGUCAGCCAGGACCUGUUCUCUGUCUACCUGUCCUCUUCCUCUGAGCAGGGCAGUGUGGUGACCUUCGGUGGGGUGGACCCCAGCCACUUCAGCGGCUCCAUCUCCUGGAUCCCUCUGUCCCAUGAGCUGUACUGGCAGAUCAGCGUGGACAGUGUUACUAUCAACGGUCAGGUGGUGGCAUGUAACGGCGGUUGCCAGAUGAUUGUUGACACCGGUACGUCUCUGAUCGCCGGACCUCAGAACGACAUCAGCAACAUCAACCGAUAUGUGGGAGCCAACGGCAACCAGUACGGAGAUUACCUGGUUAACUGUAACAGCGUUGCUCAGAUGCCAGACCUCACCUUCCACAUCCAUGGACAGGAGUUCCCUCUGCCUGCUUCUGCUUAUGUUCGUCAGUCUCAGUACUCUGGCUGCCGUACCGGCUUCAGUGGUGGGGGUGACAGCCUGUGGAUCCUGGGUGAUGUCUUUAUCAGACACUACUAUUCCAUCUUCAACAGAGCCCAGAACAUGGUGGGUCUGGCCCGCUCCAGAUAAUCCACCUGAUGUCACCUGUCUGCCUUCAGUCUCAUGAAGAGCAGUUCCACCUCCUACGAUUAUACCAACAAUGAUUUCAGAUCAGUUCAUCCUUAUUCUCACCCUA